AUGGCGAUGGGAGAGAUGUGGGUUAAGGGGUUAGGAUCAAAGAUGGCAAGCUUAAUGUUCCUCUGGGCCUUGCUUCAGCAAUGCUUCUCGUGCCACCUUCGAGGCUUCAUCGAGAAGUACGUGCGUCGAUGGACGAGUUUCUUUAACCCCUACAUUCAGAUCACCUUCCAUGAAUACAACGGAGAUAACUUCUGCCGCAGCAAGGUCUACAGCGCCAUUGAAUCCUAUCUCAUCGCCAAUUCAUCCCUGCGUGCCAGCCGGCUCAGAGCUGAUAUUGCCAACAACUCCAGGAAGCUCAUCCUCAGCAUGGACGACUACGAGGAGGUGACUGAUGAGUUCCAUGGCGUCAAGCUUUGGUGGUCUUCCCACAGAUCCAUCUCCAAGACACCAUCUUUGUCCUUGUACCCCACCGCCGUCGAGAAACGCUACUACAAGCUCACCUUCCAUGGCCGCCACCGGGAGCUCGUCACUGCGUACUACUUGAACCAUGUAAUCGACCAAGGGAAAGCAAUCGAAGUGCGAAACCGGCAGAGGAAGCUCUACACCAACAUUCCCAGUGAGAGCUGGUCUAGCUACAGGAAGACCAUGUGGAGUCAUGUGGCGUUCCAGCACCCCGCGACGUUCCAAACUCUGGCGAUGGAGCCGGAGAAGAAGAAGGAGAUCGUUGAUGAUCUCGUUGCCUUCAGCAAAGGCAAAGACUACUACGCCAGGAUUGGGAAGGUGUGGAAGCGUGGAUAUUUACUGUAUGGACCUCCUGGAACGGGCAAGUCUACCAUGAUUGCCGCCAUGGCCAACCUCCUGGAUUAUGAUGUCUACGACAUCGAAUUGACAGCAGUGAAGGACAACACAGAGCUGCGGAGGCUAUUGCUCGAGACGUCCAGUAAGGCCAUUAUUGUCAUCGAGGACAUCGACUGUUCGCUUGACCUCACUGGUCGACGGAAGAAGAAGGAGAAGGAAGAAGAUGGACAUACAAACAAGGUGGACCCAGUUGAAAAGGGUGCUGAAGAAGAGGGUAAGGAGAAGAACAGCAGAGUUACACUCUCUGGGCUUCUGAAUUUCAUUGAUGGGAUCUGGUCUGCAUGCAAAGGGGAGAGACUGAUAGUGUUCACCACCAAUCAUGUGGAUCAACUCGACCCGGCUCUCAUACGGAGAGGCCGGAUGGACAAGCACAUUGAACUGUCCUACUGCAGGUUUGAAGCUUUCAAAGUCUUGGCAAAGAAUUAUUUGGAGCUUGACUCGCACAGGUUGUUUGAGAGGAUUGGUCAAUUGAUGGGGGAAACUAAAAUGACUCCUGCAGAUGUUGCUGAGUAUUUGAUGCCCAAAAUCCAAUCUGGGUGUGCAGAGACUUGCCUAGAGAAUCUGAUUAGAGCUUUGGAGUUGGAAAAGGAGGAAACAAUGCUUAAGGCAGAAGAAAUUAAUGUCAAAAAGAUGCCAGAAAUGUUGGUCAAGGAAGAAGCAAAGGAAGGAAGUAAGGAAGACUGAGUUCAUAAAUAAGAUUUUCAGAAGGCUAUAUAUAUGGCUGCUUUGGAGUUUCUCCUUCUUGCCAAAGUCCAAAAACUUGAACAAAAUCGUUCUUGAAUAAGAUUGUCUUCAGAUAGUAGUUGGGCUCUCUCACAAAUCUUAUGAAUGGCUGAGGACUCCUUUCUUAUGCAAUAUAUUCUUGCUCGCCUGUCUGGUUGUUAAAACAAUCUCCAUAGAUGGUGAAAAGGUGUCUGUAUUGGGUGAAAUUGAUGGUUUUCCUGUGUAAGUGUUCUUUUG